AUGGUUGCACUGUCAGGAUCACAUACAAUUGGACAAGCUCAAUGUGCCACAUUCCGUGACAGAAUUUACAACAAUGAGAGCGAUAUUGAUGGUGGUUUUGCUAGGACUUGGAAACGCGGUUGCCCUGCUAACCAAGGCGAUGGCAAUUCUAAUUUGGCUCCGCUUCAUUUGGUGACACCGAAUCAAUUGGAUAAUAAUUACUUCAAGAACUUGAUUCAGAUGAAGGGUCUUCUUGAAUCUGACCAAGUUCUCUUCAGCGGAGGAUCAACGGACGGCAUUGUAUCAAAUACAGUAAUAACCCCUCAAAAUUUCUGUCUGACUUUGCUUCUGCCAUGGUUAAAAUGGGAGAUAAUGAGCCUCUCACUGGUUCUUCUGGACAGAUAA